CUCUCCCGAUGGUGGCAAUAGGAAUUCUACUGCGAGAUGAUCUUGGUCUUGCCAGUGAUAACAUUGCUUUGGCACUUUUUUAUGCUAAUACGUUCAUCCCAUUUUACCUCCGAUUUUUCUAUGGUUUUAUAUCUGACAAUUUCCCCAUCUGUGGCACACGUAGAAUCGCCUAUAUGAUUGCUUGCUAUAUUGCUAUGGCUUCCUUAUACGUGACUUAUGCAAUCUGGGUGGUGACGCUACCACGCGCCUAUCUAGUCACGACUUUAAUCAACGUUGUAUUUGCCUUUUCCGAAUCUUGUCUGGACGCUGUGGCCGUCCAAAGGUCUCGA